AUGCCUAUUAAUGAACUGAUUAACAAAAUGCAGUGCAUGACGUCGAUGAAAAAACUUGCCAUUUUGUCAGCCGUGCGACAGGAUGGGAGAUUGAAUUUCACCAACAUGAACCCCACACCAGGAACACCUCCCGGUCCGGUGCAUGGGGUCAAUGUUAUGUUGGGAGGGGCAAUGAUUAGUGGAAUACUCCUAGUGUUAUUUGUGAUGUGUUACUGUUGCAAUAAAACAAACAGAAAAGCACAACCCCAUCUGGGGAAUUAUUGGAGAGAUCCAGGUUUGUCUAUGGAGAUAUACACAGUGGAAUCGGCGCAAAAUUGGCUGGUGUCAGAAGAUCUGUGCAACGAAAUCCAUCGACCCCCAACGCCCGGCCCUCCGCCAGCUUAUGAAGCGGUAGUAGUCCCUGUUAACACUAAGGAUCAACAGAAUACAAAAGAAGACGAGACUGGCCUACCAAGUUACGAGACUGCAGUGAAACAGUUAAACGGAUUUAAAUCGUAA